UGAGAGCAUUCAUGUAAACUGCGGAUCAAGAUGAAGACUGUUUUAUUCAUCCUGCUUAUGAGUUACUUCUUUAUUCCAUCAGUUGUCCCCUUGCAAUGCUACAGCUGCACUAAUGCUAAAAGCAAUGAAAUCUGCAACCAGAACACACCGGUAAAUUGCACAGGUAAUCAGGACAGAUGCAUGGUAACCAAGGUCAGCACAACUUUACUGAAAGAAGAAGUAACUACUUUGACAAAGGGCUGCAUUGAAAAUUCGAGGUGUACUGGAACCAUCAGUGUCAUCAUCGCCAGUGCUGGGACUAACUGCUGUGAUAAGGACCUAUGCAAUGUGAAUGGUUCAGUUACUUUCCAUGAAAACAAAUUGAUGCUUACAGCUUGUGCAAGUCUCAUUUGGCUCAUCCUCAAGUUGAUAAACUAG